AUGAUAUGGAAAAGUUUAUGUGAUAUGCUUUUUAGGCUUGCCAAUGUCCUUAUAAACUCUAACCACUUGGAUUCGGAUGAUAUUCAUGAAGAGGUAGUAGAAGCCAAAGGUUUGGAUUUUUACUUUAAGUUUGAAAAAGGGAAACUUGAAAUCGAACAACUGCAUGUCACAAAAACAACAAAAUCUAAAUGGUGCAAUCUAAUUGCUUGGGAACAUCAUAAAAAGAGCACAAGCACAAGCACAACUUUCCCCGACGGCGGCCGCGGCGGAAAAUUCACUUGGGCUGCUUUGAUUUUCAAUGGUCUAAUCUGUUGUGCAGAUGAUGUUCAACUACUCAAGGACAAGAAAAUCGUUGUGGAUCAUUUGAAGAUGAGCAACCAAGAGUUGAUGGAGUUUUUCCGUACAAUUGAAAUUGGAGUUGAUGAUAAGGUAGUUGAGUGCAGUGACUAUAUUCAAAUGGUUGAUGACAUGAACAAUUAUCAUGAGGCAUCUUUUAUUGAGAGAAUGUGGAAAACAUUGUGGAAUUCAAUCGUUUAUCAUCGUCAUGAUUGGCUUUAAAAUUUAUGAACACAAAUUACAACUUCGUUGCCACGGUGAUCUCUGUUCUCACUCUUGU